GUGGCUUCCCGUGCCUUUAGCGUCACUGAGUGACAGCUGGCUGUCAGAGAGACAUGAGUCGGCUGGAGAGGAGCUGAGACAAAAGCAGAGCCGCUGAAAAACACGCCGUUUUAACCGGAGAAAGAGAGAAAGAGAGAGAAGGAGAGAGAGAGAUUGACAGAGGGGGGUUUUGUGUUGUUGGGAGGGAAUUUUUUUUGGUCGAAGAGACCCGCGGCCACGCCAUGGACGAGCAUGCAGGGCCCGGUGUGUUCUUCAACAACAACAAUAACUCAGUGCUGCAGAGCGGCGGAGCAGCGAAGAGUGCUGUCGCCGAUGGGAGCGGCGCGGAGGCGGGCAGGGCGCAGUACAGCAUCCCGGGCAUCCUGCACUUCCUCCAUCACGAGUGGGCCCGCUUCGAGCUGGAGAGAGCACAGUGGGACCUGGAGAGAGCCGAGCUGCAGGCCCAGGUUGCCUUCCUUCACGGCGAGAGAAAAGGCCAGGAGAACCUGAAGAAGGACCUGGUGCGGAGGAUCAAGAUGCUGGAGUAUGCACUGAAGCAGGAGAGGGCGAAGUACCACAAGUUAAAAUAUGGAACGGAGUUGAAUCAAGGUGACAUGAAGCCGCCAAGCUACGACUCCGAUGAAGGGAACGAGAAGGAUGCUCCCGGCUCCCUGAACAAUCAGCUGUCGUGGAAACAGGGCCGUCAGCUCCUCAGACAGUACCUGCAGGAGGUGGGCUACACGGACACUAUCCUGGACGUGAAGUCUCAGCGAGUGAAGUCUCUGCUGGGGCUGAUUGGAGACUCCAGCCGGACCAAUCAGGAGCCUCUGAUCAAUGGCACGGACUCGGCGCCUAAAGGGGCGAACACAGGUAAAGCGGAGCUGUCAGAGUCGAGCGCCGUGCUCGAGGCGUUUAAGUUCAUUGAGAGCGCCACUGCUGAGUUCAGUGAUGAGGAUGAUGAAGAGGACAGUGACGGGAGAGAGAGGACCAUCAUCGAUUCACGAACGAUUGUGAGGAAGAAGCCGUCCUCCUCUUCCUUCUCUCCGGCUGCUGAUGUGUGCGAUGAACUCGACACGGAGGACGCGCUGAAGGACUUCGACUUCCUGUCCACUACUGAGGACAUGGACACGUCGCCCGAGUCCAGGAGUGCAGGAGACGGUACAGACUGGGAGAAGGACAAGCAGUGCGGCACGUCUGAGGCCUGGGACGUGGAUCAGGGUCUGAUUACCAAACUCAAGGAGCAAUACAGAAAGGAGCGCAAAGGCAAAAAGGGGGUGAAGAGGCCGAACCGCACCAAGCUGCAGGACAUGUUGGCUAAUCUGAGGGAGAACGAGGAUGCGAGUCCACUGCAGUCGUCCAUCAGUCCUCCGUCUCGACCCAAUGCCAACCGCUUCAUUGACCACGACAGCAGCCACGCCGAUGAAGUGGAGGCCAUCACGUUCCCUCCCUCCUCGGGUAAGUCCUUCAUCAUGGGAGGAGAUGACACGGUGGAUUCGGGUGAGCUGGGUCUGGGAGAACUGGCAGGACUCACCGUCGCCAACGAAGCCGACAGCCUCGCCUACGACAUCACUAAUAAUAAAGACGCCCUGCGUAAGACGUGGAACCCCAAGUUCUCCCUGCGGAGUCACUUCGACGCCAUCCGCGGCCUGGCGUUCCACCCCACCGAGCCGGUUCUCAUCACGGCCUCCGAAGAUCACACGCUCAAGAUGUGGAACCUGCAGAAAACGACGCCCGCUAAAAAGAACGCUUCGCUGGAUGUGGAACCUAUUUAUACCUUCAGGGCUCAUAGGGGCGCAGUGCUGUGUGUGGUGAUGAAUAACACAGGAGAGCAGUGCUACAGUGGCGGAGUGGACGGCACUAUUCAGUGCUGGAACACACCCAGCCCCAACAUCGACCCCUACGACUCGUAUCAGCCGUGUGUCCUGCGUGAAGCGCUGACCGGACACACGGACGCAGUCUGGGGUCUGGUACACAGCAGCGCACACCAGCGCCUCCUGUCCUGCUCGGCUGACGGCACGGUGCGGUUAUGGAGCGCCUCCAACAGCGAGCCGGCCAUCGCCGUGUUCAACCAGAACAAAGAAUUGGGCGUGCCCUCCUCAGUGGACUUGGUGUGCAGUGAACCCGCCUACAUGGUCACGUCCUUCACUAACGGCAAGAUCGGCCUCUUCAACAUGGAGACACAACAACUAGUGCAGAGCCUCGAGUCUACUACUGAGUCUGGUGCGUCCUGUCACAUCAACAAAGUGCUGAGUCACCCGACUCUCCCCAUCACCAUCACGGCUCAGGAAGACCGCCACAUCAAGUUCUACGACAACAAUACGGGAAAACCCAUCCACUCCAUGGUGGCCCAUCUGGACGCCGUUACGAGCCUCGCCGUGGAUCCGAACGGGCUGUAUUUGAUGUCUGGAAGCCACGACUGCUCCAUCCGACUGUGGAACCUCGAGAGCAAGACGUGCAUCCAGGAGUUCACGGCCCACCGCAAGAAGUUCGACGAGUCCAUCCACGACGUGGCGUUCCACCCGUCCAAGUGCUACAUCGCCAGCGCCGGAGCCGACUCCCUCGCCAAGGUCUUCGUAUGAGCCGGGAACUUACCCGCCGUCUUUAGCCCCGCCCACUGGCACAGACUGACCAAUGACAGCGUGCCAGGAAUCGGGUCGGGGACCAACAAGCGGGACCCUCCCACCUUCUCCCAGCCGCCUCCUCUCCUCUCCUCUCCUGUCAGUUUAAACGGACGCCCGAGCCCUUCUGCGGCGAUCGGAGACGGGAGAAGCGCGCUUCAGGGCGAGUCGGUUCCCCCGAGUACCUCCUACAGAAUCCAGGCAGGCCUGGGUGUUCUCUCCACGCACGCUCCGGCGUGCAGCCAGCGUUCAAUCUAAACAGCACGAAGACGAAACGAGCGGCGUGUAUAAACGGCGUAACCGCGUAGCAUUAGCGACACGUCUGUCUGUUUUCUCCGUCGAGGCGAAGAACCUCGUCGUACCGGUUCCUCGACCUGGAGGAUCUGCGGAAUUAACGUGUGUGUCGUGGAGCACGUUUCCUCUUCCUCCUCUUCUCAGCUUCCACGACCGAUACACAACGAUCUGCCUACCUUUCUUUCUUUUUUAAAAAAAAAAAAUAAUAAUACAUUGACAAAAUGUGCCUUUGCUUCUGAAAGGUCUUGAAAUUAUUUUACAGAUUUAUUAUCAUUUUUUUUUCUUUUGGAUGAGGGCUUGGGGAAAGGGACGAUAGGUAAGGACAACGUCGUCCAUUUUAACCGUCUAGAACGUUGGAUGUAUAAUUACAAAUGCGUAUUAAUAAACAAAUAUAUAUAUUUAGUCUUAAACCUUAACAUUCAGUGGGGGAUUUUGAGUGCUUUUUUGAUACCUUGUUGAAGUGCGGAUGAGAGUGAGAGCGAGUGUGUGUGUGUGUGUGUGUGUGUGUGUGUGAGAGCGAGUGUGUGUGUGUGAGAGCGAGUGUGUGUGUGUGAGAGCGAGUGUGUGUGUGUGAGAGCGAGUGUGUGUGAGUGAGAGCGAGUGUGUGUGAGUGAGAGCGAGUGUGUGAGUGAGAGCGAGUGUGUGAGUGAGAGCGAGUGUGUGAGUGAGAGCGAGUGUGUGAGUGAGAGCGAGUGUGUGAGUGAGAGCGAGAGUGUGUGUGAGAGCGAGUGUGUGUGAGAGAGCGAGUGUGUGUGAGAGAGCGAGUGUGUGUGAGAGAGCGAGUGUGUGUGAGAGAGCGAGUGUGUGUGUGAGAGCGCGAGUGUGUGUGUGAGAGCGCGAGUGUGUGUGUGAGAGCGCGAGUGUGUGUGUGAGAGCGCGAGUGUGUGUGUGAGAGCGCGAGUGUGUGUGAGAGAGCGCGAGUGUGUGUGAGAGAGCGCGAGUGUGUGUGAGAGAGCGCGAGUGUGUGUGAGAGAGCGCGAGUGUGUGUGAGAGAGCGCGAGUGUGUGUGAGAGAGCGCGAGUGUGUGUGAGAGAGCGCGAGUGUGUGUGAGAGAGCGCGAGUGUGUGUGAGAGAGCGCGAGUGUGUGUGAGAGAGCGCGAGUGUGUGUGAGAGAGCGCGAGUGUGUGUGAGAGAGCGCGAGCGAGCGAGUGUGAGAGAGCGCGAGCGAGCGAGUGUGAGAGAGCGCGAGCGAGCGAGUGUGAGAGAGCGCGAGCGAGCGAGUGUGAGAGAGCGCGAGCGAGCGAGUGUGAGAGAGCGCGAGCGAGCGUGUGUGAGAGAGCGCGAGCGAGCGUGUGUGAGAGAGCGCGAGCGAGCGUGUGAGCGAGCGAGUGUGUGAGCGAGCGAGCGAGUGUGUGAGAGCGAGUGUGUGAGAGCGAGUGUGUGAGUGAGCGAGUGUGUGUGAGUGAGCGAGUGUGUGUGAGUGAGCGAGUGUGUGUGUGUGAGCGAGUGUGUGAGAGCGUGUGCAGUGAGUUUGCAGUGCUGGUUUUAGAACCCCUGAUAUAAGUAUAGACGCCUCUCUGUGGUUGUGAUUGUUGAAUGCAGGUUCUGUGGGAAGUCGAGAUCAUCUCCUGUCUACCAAUAAAACCAGGGUUUGUCGA